AAUGCGGUGGGAUGCCUGCUGGGCCGACUGCCGCCCCGACCCGGAGCCCUGGGUUCACUUCGCAGCCUGCCGCUGAGUUUCAGACCGCAGUACUCAGCAUCCGCCCGGCUUUGCCCCCUUGCCGAAGUCUGCAGAUCGAUAGAUGCUGGGCGUAGGCUUUUCCCCAGGCUAAAGCCCCAAAGCCCCCACCUUCGCCUUCUAUUUAUUUGCCCGCUCCCACCACUACCAUCGAAGUACAUGCCCCUCUGGUAGUGUUGGCGCUGCCACCGAGCGAGGGAAAGGGCGCCUCCCCAUCCCCUCCUCCCCAUCCCCGCCGCGACUCGGGGAUUUACUGCGGCAGCCGGAGGUGACAGUGACGCCGGAGCCUCCUCCGCUGCUCGCAGAGCCCCAGCUUCCCCAGCCUCCGGAAAGCGCCUCCUUCUGAGAGGCUGGUCCCUGGAGAAGUGCUAACGUGCUGCAGGAAACCAAAUUUAAAAAUGUAGAAGUCGCUGGGCUGCAUUCCUCCGAGGACGAGCCUGAUCGCCCAGGACCGAGAGUGGCAGCGUGUGGGAAGUUGGGACCACAGAGCAAGGGGGGAGGGGAGCGGUGCAGCCGGCAUUCCCUUCUGAAAGGAGUCGUGGGGAGCCGUGACCGGGUGGACACAAGUUUGCCUGGGAGUGUUUUCCUUCCGUCAAUAAUUAAUCACCGGGAUCAGGCUGGCAGAAUUGGAGUUUUAGCAAUAGUGCAGAGGGCGGGGCCGAACACCUAACUCCUGGAGGUUUGAGGUGCCCAGCGCAGUAGGAAGCUCGCAGCAGUUGGGGAGGAGCCAAAGCGCUGUGCUCACCUAACCCGCAGGAGAUAUACCCAACCCAACCAGGAGAUGAAGAAACUGCAACCCAGAGAGGAGAAGUAAUACACACAGAAUCAUUCCUCAGGGGAAGCAAGGACAAGAACCCAGACCUGGACUCUCCUAGGACAGACUUGCUGCAGCUUGAAGGAACCAGCCAUGGAUUUCAAGCGUGUGAAGGACUAUUUAUCCUGGCUCUACUAUCAAUAUCAAAUCAUUAGCUGCUGUGCUGUCUUGGAGCCUUGGGAGCAAUCUAUGUUCAAUACCAUCCUACUAACCAUCUUUGCUAUGGUGGUGUACACCGCCUAUGUUUUUAUCCCCAUCCACAUUCGCCUGGCUUGGGAAUUUUUCUCCAAAAUGUGUGGCUAUCACAGUACAAUUUCUAAUUGAUCUUUUCUGCAUUCUGCGAACUGGCAUUGCAUAUGUGUAUGCUGCUUCCAACGCAUUGAUUUAGGUGAAUACUGUGGCUUCUUUCACUGUCUGACCAGGAAAGCUCUCCCCUCUCUAUGCAGUCUUAGAUCCUGCCUGAAAUUUGAGAUAGAUGUCUCUUUAGGUUCUUUUGUACACGCUAUGUUGUGCAUUAGACCAUGGAUAACACAAUGACCUUACGUCACAUACCAUAUUCUCUCAACUUAAAUCUAUAAGUUUAGAUUUUGUUUUUAAUUGGUAAAUUGCCUAUAAGCUUCUUCUGGAAGAUAGGCUCAUAAGAGACCUAUCAGAGGCAUAUUUAAAAUGCUCCCUUGAAACCUAUUCUGUAGUGAAGGAUAUAUUUUUUAAAAAUUUGUUCAUAAGCUACUGUCAAAGUAUCCUAUCUUUGUUUACAAUAUACAAAAAGACCUGAAUAAAUUAUAUAGACCCCUAAAGUCUUAUUUUCUAGGAACCUGCUGAUUCUAAAAUUCUUUUCCUUCAAGUGCAAAAGAAUUGAAGGCAUUGGUUGAAGGCAAUUAACUCCGAUCAGACACGGUUCAUGAAUUGUUUCAAAUGCCUCUAAAAGUCUGGCUUUAUAACAGUUCAAAAUCAACAGUGUUGAUUUUAGAUAACCCAGUAAGUACUAUAAUACAAAAUAAUUUUAAGCAUAAGAAAAAAUAUAUAAUCAAAAUAAAUUCAGAUAUUGUGAUUGUGAUGCCGCCUUGCCUUGCAUGAUGCUGAGGGGAAAGAGACAAGAAAUUGCCUCCUUUCUGAGCUUUCACUCAGUGGAGAGGGUGAUAGGGAUCAUAUAUUGGGCUACAGGAAGAAAAGCUAAUAGAUAGGCUGGAAGUAAUAUUCUACCAGCAGGAACUCGACAGCUUCAGUUAAAUGCUUUGAUAUAGUGGCUCCUUUGUAGAGCAAAAACAAGAUUUAUUAAAUUUACUUCAAAGUGUUUAUCUUAGAAACCAAUACAAGUUUUUAAUUAUACUGUUGAGUCAAAUGUGAAUGCCAAAGAACAAACCUUGCAGUUUUCCUUUCCUCUCAAUAAAUAUUAAUGUUAGUAAUUCUGGAGGGUAAAAGAUAUAAAUAGUUUUUGGAUAAUAUUUGCACCCUUCUUUGUGUUAUGAAAGAAAAUUUCAAGGAGAGCUAGAGAGAAAGAUGCUUGGCAUGCCAAAUUACCUUGCAUGUUUGUUAAAAAACAAAACGUGUUUUGAAGAUAAACCAGAUCUGAACAUGUAUUUGCUGAUUUUUGCAAAAUAAAAUUAGGUUUAAUUUUAUAAAUAAAA